GCCUCUCGUUCUAAGCCACGCGAAAGCACCCGUAUUCCCCUUUCUCGAACCUGUUAUCAUUCCGACGCCAUAUCCCUUCUGGUUCAGGCCAUCGCCGCCGGCAGCUGCUGCGCUGACCUCCGCUUCCUGCUCCCCCUCGUUCGGUAUCCUAUUCCACGCUUCUGCGUCGCCUCCCUCUCGGGACCCGCGUUCCUCAGCGGUACCCUAGACGUCGCCGCCCUCGGUAUCUUGGCCUCGAUUCCUGCCGGGGCAAGGCCACCGGAUAUACGAUUCACCAUCUCUAACUUCAACGGGGAGCCGGACGGCGAGGCCGGCUCUACCGCUCGUCCGCUCGUACUCUAGGUUCAUGAGUUUUGGCCGAAAAUAAUUCAACUACUAUGCAUCAGAUGUAGAGCCCAACUGCAGCCCACGAGAUGACCACCACAAGUCCAGAACGUGCACCAUCUCAGCAUCUCUGAUUGAGUUCCUUCCAAGUUCUUUACCCGCAAAAAAAAACCCCUCUUUUUCAGUAGAUGCCCUUUUGCAGCAUUGCCAUACCUGAGGGGGUUCCUAAGGCAGGAGUGAAGGACUGGAGGGGCUGCUUGGAUUCGAUUCGUCACAGGAGGAGCAGAGAGAUUGGCAGACAUGUUUCCGACAACCACCUCAACUACUCCUGAGUAUUUUGUUGGACGUUUUGACACAAGGCUGGAGACUUGGCAAGAUCCCACUCCUAGGAAAUCAGAAACUACUUUCGAGGAAUUUCGCGAGGCUUGUAUUAAGGCUGCCAGGCGCAAUCACAGCCUUAUGGAUGCUAGGUCAUCAGUUAGGCUUAGUGAGGAGCAGCUUAGACAAAGAGAAGAGCAGGAUCACAAGUUCUUGAUGAUAGCACUGGAAGUCUAUACCAAGAAAAAUAACAUGCACCCUACUGAACUUGAAUUUGUGGAAGUGAAAGGAAGAAACCUUAUUGAUGAAUUCGGGCUGGGAUAUUUACAUUUCAACUUUUUAGUGAAAGGAUUAGAUGGUAAAAAUACAAUGUUUUUUGCUGAGGUGCAUCAUGAUCUUGAAGAUGAGAAUGAUGUUUAUCUUUGCAAGCCUUUGGAAGAGGAAGAUAUGAAGCCAUCAAAAAAGAACGACGAAGCUCUCUGUAAAGGGUGUGAAUAUGGUGCUAAAGAUCUUAUACAUCCCAGUUGUGGUAGCUUCCGUGGUGGGCACAAGGAUGUUUGUCCGAUGCAGUCGGACAGCGAUGACGAUGAGUGUGAUUAUGAAUGGCCCCUCUUGGAUUGGGUGUAAAAUAGUGUGUUCACUGUACUUAGUUCAACUUUGAACUAUAUCGGUGCCUCCCCUAAUUUUACAUCCAUUCCAAGUGGGAAGCUUGUGUUAUCCAGUUGUGUAAUUUAUCUACAUCUAUGGAAGAAUGUAGCAAAGUGGCAUGACUUGCCAGGCAAGACAUGGUCCUGCAGUUUCUUUUUCUUUUGACUCAGAACCUUAGUGUCCGUGCUGCAAUUUAAUACGAGUAUAUUAGAGCA